AUGAACGAACAACUCACGCUGCUCUGUCUCUUUAUCUUCUUCUUCUCAUUUCUCAGCGUGGUCUUCUCCGGCGACGGAGAGAAAAACCCGUUUACGCCCAAAGCCUACGCGAUUCGUUAUUGGGACAAAGAGAUCCGCAGCACGCUGCCGAAGCCGCAGUUUCUUUUGUCGAAAGCGUCGCCCCUGGGGGCGGUGGAGUCCGCGGCUUUUGUGAAACUCGCCACUCAGAACGCGCUCACCACGCGGCUGCCGGAAUUCUGCGCCGCCGCGAAGCUCCUCUGCUUCCCGGAAGUGGGGUCCAGCCUCGAGAAGCACGACAAGGACGCGAACUUCGCUGUGUACAGAGACAAGAACUUCACCAACUACGGGACGGGUCGACCCGGGGGACUGGACUCGUUCAAGAACUACUCCGAGGGAGAGAAUAUUCCAGUGAACGAUUUCCGGCGCUACAGCAGGGACUCUGCCGGGCACAAGGACAGUUUUUUGAGCUAUGGCACCGACGGGAACGUGGUGCAGCAGAGCUUCCACACCUACGCCGCCGGAGCCACCGGCGGCGCAGGCGAGUUCAAGGGCUACUCCGACGAGACCAACGUCCCGAACCUAGAUUUCACCUCCUACUCCGACGAUGCCAACGGGAGAACCCAGUCGUUCACUUCCUACUCCGAAAACGGCAAUGCCGGGCAGCAAUCGUUCUCCUCGUACGGAAAAAAUGGCAACGGUCCGACCAACGCGUUCAACUCGUACGGGACAGAGUCCAACGUUGUCGGCUCCGGGUUCUCCAACUACGCCGAAACCGCAAACGCCGCUAACGACACCUUCAAAGGCUACGGCGUGGACAUGAACAACCCCACCAACACGUUCUCGAACUACGCCGCCGGCGGCAACGGCGCCAGCGAGAAGUUCUCCAAUUACCGCGACAAGGCGAACGUGGGCGCGGACUCCUUCACCUCGUACGCGAAAUCAGCGAACACCGGCGACAUCGGUUUCAGCAGCUACGGGAAAUCCUUCAACGAAGGCACCGACGCGUUCAUCUCGUACGCGAAAUCCUCUAGCAGUGAAACGAAGGUGGGUUUCACCUCCUACGGAGUGAACAACACCUUCAAGGAGUAUUCAAAAGAAGGUGCCACAAUCUCGUUCGCGAUGUAUACGAACGUGAGCACGACGCUGAGCGUUUCGGUUUCGGCGGCGAGUGGCAAAAUGGUAAAUAAGUGGGUGGAGGCGGGUAAAUUCUUCAGGGAGAAGAUGAUGAAGGAAGGGACGGUGAUGCCGAUGCCUGACAUAAGAGAUAAAAUGCCGGAAAGGUCGUUUUUGCCCCGGAGCAUUUUGUCCAAAUUACCGUUUUCGGUUUCCAAGAUCGAGGACUUGAAGCGCGUGUUCCGAGCCUCCGAUAACGGUUCCAUGGAGAGCAUGAUGCGCGAGAGCUUAGAGGAAUGCGAGCGUGCGCCCAGUCGCGGCGAGACAAAACGGUGCGUUGGAUCUUUGGAAGACAUGAUCGACUUUGCCACAUCCGUUCUAGGGCGUAACGUCGCCGUUCGAAGCACGGAGAACGUGAAGGGGUCGAAGAAGAGUGUGAUGGUGGGGCCCGUUACGGGAAUCAACGGUGGUAAAGUCACCCAAUCCGUGUCCUGCCACCAGAGCCUGUUCCCAUACCUGCUAUAUUACUGCCACGCGGUUCCUAAGGUUCGGGUCUACCAAGCGGAUCUUCUCGACCCGAAAUCCAAGGUCAAGAUCAACCGCGGCGUUGCCAUCUGUCACUUGGACACCUCCGAUUGGAGCCCCACCCACGGAGCCUUUCUCUCCCUCGGGUCCGCCCCGGGUCGGAUCGAGGUUUGCCACUGGAUCUUCCAGAACGACAUGGCGUGGACCAUUGCCGAUUGA